CAAAAGUAAUGAAAAAGAUACGCUAUUAAUUUUUUCACCAUAAAAUUGAUAUUCACGUGUUAUUAUUUUCUUAAAAAUGUUCAACUUUUCAACUAGAAAAAGAAGACUUAUAUGAUAUCAGUACCAACCAGUAUCACCAUCACCAACCAAUAGGCUGAGUUAUCCAUGGAACCACCGGCGUCCUCCUCUACCGCCUCCGCCACCGCGCCUUCAAAGCCGCGCAGCUACUGGCGAUGGAGCAAGCAAGAUUUCUUUCCGGAACCUUCCUUCAAAACCGGGGAAACCUACCGGAAUGCCUUAGCAAACACAUGUCCGCGUCUGAAGGACCGUCUCCUGAACCGCUCAACGGAUUCUCACGAACUCCUCGUUCUUCCAAAAGCCAGCGAGAAUCGCAUGGCUCGUGUCCUCACCUGGUGGGACCUAACCUGGCUAGCCUUCGGUGCCGUCGUCGGUUCAGGCAUCUUCGUCGUCACCGGUCAAGAAGCUCGUUUCCAUGCCGGUCCCGCCAUUAUCCUCUCCUACGCAGCCUCCGGUUUCUCCGCUCUUCUUUCGGCUUUCAUCUACGCCGAAUUCGCCGUUGAAGUUCCCGUUGCCGGUGGAUCGUUUUCGUUUCUCCGAAUCGAACUCGGCGACUUCCUCGCUUUCGUCGCCGCCGGUAAUAUCCUCCUCGAAGCUCUCGUCGGCGCCGCCGGUCUCGGCCGCUCAUGGUCAUCCUACUUCGCCACAAUGGUAAAAAACGAUUCAGAAUUUUUCCGGAUCCGAAUCAACUCUUUCAAGGACGGUUUCAACAUGCUCGAUCCGUUAGCCGUUGCAGUUCUGUUAAUCACUAACGGAAUCGCCGCUAGCGGAACUCGAAAAACCUCUGUCUUAACCUGGAUUACUUCAAUUGCCACAACUCUGGUUAUAGCUUUCAUUAUAAUAGUUGGUUUUAUCCACGGAAAGUCGUCAAACUUAACGCCGUUUCUUCCCUACGGUGUUAAAGGCGUUUUUAACGCCGCUGCUGUUGUGUAUUGGUCAUACACAGGUUUUGACAUGGUUGCAACUAUGGCUGAAGAAACUAAAAACCCUUCUAGAGAUAUACCUAUUGGUUUAAUCGGUUCAAUGUCAAUGAUAACAGUUAUUUAUUGUUUAAUGGCAUGGGCGCUUGUGUCAAUGGUUAAGUACACUGAGAUUGAUGCUGAAGCUGCUUAUUCAGUUGCUUUUGUUCAAAUUGGUAUGAAUUGGGGGAAAUAUUUAGUGAGUAUUUGUGCUUUGAAAGGAAUGACAACAAGUUUGCUUGUUGGGUCAAUGGGGCAAGCUAGGUACACGACUCAAAUUGCGAGGUCGCAUAUGAUUCCGCCCUUUUUCGCGCUUGUUCAUCCUAAAACUGGAACGCCGGUUAAUGCUACACUUUUAACGACUCUGUCGAGUUGUGUUGUUGCUCUUUUUACUAGUUUGGAUGUUCUGUCUAGUGUUUUUUCUGUAAGUACUCUUUUCAUAUUUAUGCUUAUGGCCAUUGCGUUGCUUGUUAGGAGAUAUUAUGUAAGGGAAGCUACUGAUGGUAAGAGUGAUUUUUGGAAGGUUCUUUUGUGUUUGUUUGUUGUAAUCGGUUCUUGUAUUGUCGGGACUGUGUUUUGGAAUUCGGGUUUGUUUGGUUGGAUUGGGUAUACGGUGGCUGCUUGUGUUUGGUUUUUGGCGACUUUGGUGAUGAGUUUGCUUCCGAAGAAGAGGCAACCUAAGGUUUGGGGAGCUCCGUUGGUUCCGUGGGUGCCUUCUUUGUCGAUUGCAACGAACCUUUUUCUUAUGGGAUCAUUGGGUUCUGAGGCUUUCUAUAGGUUCUUGAUUUGUACUGGUGUGAUGCUAGUGUAUUAUAUAUUUGUAGGUGUUCAUGCAACUUAUGAUGUGGAUCAUGGAAUUGGUCAAGAAUCAAAGCAUGAUGAGGUAUAUUAAAGUGUCAAUUAAGGGGAGUAGCAUGUUUUCAAGUUUCAUCACUUGAGAUAUUGUGGAUUCUCUCAUGUUGUGUUAGGAAUAGUUUAGCCUUAUAUGUUGUGGAAUCAUGAAGAGUGAAGUAUUUUUAGUGGUUGGAGAACAACUGUGUGGAAUGAUGGUCAAAUGUGAAUCACAACUUGAUAUUUGUAUAAUUUUCAGGGCUUUUUUUAAUGAUCUUUUGAGGGAUAGUGAUCUUGCAAUGCAUUUGUAAGUAUGCAUAAACCUGAUCCACUUGACAACUAAGAUUUUUUUGCAUUGAUUGGCCUUCAUUUAAGUAUAUAUGAAGUGGAAAAAAUAAAUACAAAGUUCACUUGUUGAAA